ACACACGCACGCGUAUCCACUCACUUUCAUUCUCACUCGGCACUGCCGCCUCCUGGCCACACACACACGCGCGCGCGCACACGCGCACACCCUCUCUCUCUCUCUCUCUCUCUCUCUCAUACACACACACACACAUACACACACUCUCUUCCUCACACACUCUUAUACACGCGCGCACAUGCGCUAUAAACGACCGUGCGGCUCGUGCGCUCCUCUCAAAUCUCAGAGAACCGGAGAGACGGGAGAGAGCGAGAGCGCGCGCACUGCGCUCGGGAGAGAAAGAGAGAGUGAGAGAGUGGUUGAGAGAGAGAGGUAGAGAGAGAGAGAGUGGAGGGGGGACAGCAGGCUGCUGGAGGGAUGGCGCGCGGCUUCCUCCUCUUCCUCUUCUCCUGCUUCUUCUGCUUCGCGCGGCUGCCCGCCGAGGAGGACAGUGGCGGCGGUAGCAGGAGGCACGCGGCGGCCGUGGCGGGGGAGGUGGGUAGCAGUGGCGGCGGCAGCGGCGCGGGCGCGUGCCAGCUGAAGACGGUGACCGUGUCCACUCUGCCCGCGCUCCGGGACAACGAGUUCAGCUUCAGCGCGGCCCCGGGCUCGGGCAGCGCGAGCGCGGGGGCGGGGGCCGGGGGGGAGUCCCGGCUACUGCUGCUGGUCCGGACGGACGUCCCGGGACACAUCUCGGUUCUGGACGACCUGGACAACACGGCGCUGCCCUACUUCACCCUGGAAAUGUCGGGCACGAGUGCGGAUAUCUCUCAGGUGCACUGGAAGCAGCAGUGGCUGGAGAACGGGACUCUGUUCUUCCACGUGUCCAUGAGUAACCCGGAACAGCUGGCCCAGGCCACGCAGCCCACGGUUCGAGAGCCUGCUCAGGGCCUGCACGAGCACAUGCACCUGCUGCAUAUCUCCGUCAUGGGUGGUUUGAUUGCCCUCCUGCUCCUGAUCCUCCUCUUCACGCUGGUACUCUACACUCGCCAGCGCUGGUGCCGGCGCCGCCGGGCCCCUCAGAAGAGCGCCAGCACCGAGGCCACCCAUGAGAUCCACUACAUCCCCUCCGUCCUGCUCGGACCCCAGCAGACCAGGGACGGCUUCAGGGGUGCACGGCCCCACCAGCACACCUCCGUCAUCGGCAUGCCCAUCCGUGAGACCCCUAUUCUGGACGACUGUGACUGUGAGGACGAUGACCAGCCGGGGCAGAUGCUGGAUGGGAAGGCACAUCUGGAGGAGGAUUUCAGCAGCCAGGGAACUCGUAGUGUGGAUAGCCUUGGAAAGGGAUGUGGAGAAGUCAACCAUAAACACAGUUUGGACAACAGAGUGAUGGACCCGAAGCAGGAGACAGUGGAGGCUCUGAUGCAGAGGUUUAAGGAAAGUUUCCGGACCAACACCACCAUGGAGAUCACACACUUCCAGAACGUCACACACAGCUCCUCCACCGGCCGGAAGCGAGGACCCAGUCACACUCGAGCAGGUGGAGUCGGCGUGUUCGGGCACCAGGUAGACGCUGGACUGGAGGUGGAUGACGAAAAUCAGAUGAAGUUCUACACAGAGCACAGAGGAAGACGCCGAAGCAAAGGUUGUCCACCGAGUCCGAUGAGUAAGGCGACUCUGACGCUGAUCACUAUCAGUACUUGUGUCCUGGCUGUAGUGUAUGGCUCUCAGACCAGCUGUCCUCUGACUGUUAAAGUCACGCUCCACGUCCCCGAGCAUUUCAUCGCUGACGGCAGCAGCUUCGUGGUCAGUAUGGGCAGUUAUCUGGACGUGUCGAACUGGUUAAACCCAGCUAAGCUGACCCUUUACUACCAGUCCAACUCCUCCUCCCAGUGGAUCAGAGAUUACUGUGGCCAGCGCACCACCGAACCCUGUGAACAGCUGUGUGACCAGGAGACCGGUGAGUGCAGCUGUUUGGAGGGUUACUCGCCCGAUCCUGAACACAAGCACCUCUGUAUUCGAACCGACUGGGGCCGAAACGAAGGGCCGUGGCCGUACUCAAACCUGGAGAGGGGUUACGACCUGGUCACCGGGGAGCAAGCGCCGGAGAAGAUCUUCAGGUCCUCCUACAGCCUGGGCCAAGGCCUUUGGCUGCCGGUCAGCAAGAGCUUUGUGGUGCCGCCUGUUGAGCUGUCCAUCAACCCCAUCGCCAGCUGCAAGACUGACGUGCUGGUGACAGAGGACCCGGGGGAAGUCCGGGAGGAGGCCAUGAUGUCCACUUACUUUGAGUCGGUGGACGAUUUGCUGGCGUCGUUUGGGCCGGUGAGGGACUGCUCUAAAGACAACGGUGGCUGCAGGAAGAACUUCAAGUGUGUUUCAGACAGACGGGUGGACUCUACCGGCUGCAUGUGCCCGGAAGGUUUGCGGCCGAUGAAAGAUGGCUCAGGUUGCUAUGACUACUCUCUGGGUACGGACUGUACGGACGGGUUUAACGGUGGAUGCGAGCAGCUCUGCCUCCAGCAGCUGGUGCCCCUGCCGGAAGACCCCACGUCCAGCAACGUGCUGAUGUUCUGCGGGUGUGUACAGGAGUACAAGCUGGCAGCAGAUGGUCGCUCAUGCCUUCUCCUGGCUGAUAACUGCGACGGGCCCAAGUGCCCGCGCCAAGAUACCCGCUUCAACGACACGCUCUUCAGCGAGAUGCUGCACGGCUACAACAACAAGACCCAACAGGUCAACCUGGGCCAAGUUUUCCAGAUGACCUUCCGGGAUAAUAACUUCAUUAAGGACUUUCCUCAGCUGGCGGACGGACUGAUGGUUAUCCCGCUGCCGGUGGAGGAACAGUGUAGAGGAGUGCUGUCUGAACCACUACCCAACCUUCAGCUCCUCACAGGAGAUGCCCAGUUCAUCGAGGGGAUGGGGUAUCCCAUGGUGCAACAGUGGAGGGUCCGCAGCAACCUCUACAAGGUCAAACUCAGCGCCAUCACACUAUCAACAGGCUUCUCUAAGGUCCUGAAGGCGAUGACGGCGGACAGCACUCGAGAUGAGCUGCUGUCCUUCAUCCAGCAGUACGGCAGUCACUACAUCUCUGAGGCUCUGUUCGGCUCCGAGCUCACCUGCAGCAUUUACUUCCCCAGCAAGAAGGCCCAGCAGCAGCUCUGGCUCCAGUACCAGAAAGAGGUGACGGAUCAGGGCAGCCGGCGGGAGCUGAAGGCCGUCCCGUUCAUCAGUUACCUGUCUGACCUGCUGAAGUCUCAGCUGCUGUCGGACGACCUGGUGUCCGGCGUGGAGAUCCGCUGUCAGGAGAAGGGGGUGUGUCCCACGGCCUGUCACCUGUGCAGACAGGCGGGCCGAGAGAGCCCCAGCCCCACCCCCGUCCUGCUGGAGGUCAGCCGUAUCGUACCCCUCUACAGCCUGGUGCAGGACAACAACACCAAAGAGGCCUUCAAGAGCGCCGCCAUGAGCUCAUACUGGUGCGCCGGCAAAGGCGAUGUCAUCGACAACUGGUGCCGCUGCGACCUGAGCGCCUUCGGCAAAGACGGCCUGCCGAACUGCAGCCCCCUGAGGCAGCCAGUGUUGAGGUUGGUUCCUCACUUUGAGCCAUCCAGCAACGUGGUUGGUCUGGAGUGGGUGGACGUGGAGCCUCUGAUUGGCUACAAAGUGGCAGAUUACAUCAUCCAGCACAAGCGUAUCGAGGACCCGUCCGAGGCGGAGAUCUACACAGGAGAGGUUCUGAGUCUGGUGGACGACCUGUUCUCGGGUUUGGGUUCCUCCUGUGUGGUGCCGGGAAGAAGAGUCGGAGAACAUCCUCAUUCGGUUAUCUAUUCGCUCAUCUUCAAGUGCCUGGAGCCUGACAGCCUCUACAAGUUCACUCUCUAUGCUGUGGACAGUCGUGGUAGCCGAUCAGACUCCACAUAUGUGACGGUGCGCACUUCCUGCCCAAUGGUGGACGACGCCAGAGCAGAAGAGGUAGCAGAUAAAGUCUACAACCUGUACAACGGCUACACCAGCGGCAAGGAGCAGCAGACCGCCUACAACAUGCUGAUGGAGAUCUCUCCGCCCAUGCUGUACCGCAUUCAGCACCACUACAACUCGCACUACGAGAAGUUCGGCGACUUUGUCUGGAGGAGCGAGGAUGAGCUCGGACCCAGGAAAGCCCACCUGAUUCUGAGACGUGUGGACCGGAUCAGCCUCCUGUGCCGCUCUCUGCUGAGGAGCGGGUACAUCCAGAGCCGGACGGAGAACGUGCCGUACGCCACCUGCCGCAGCGAGGAGGUCCGGCCGGCGGGCACCGUGUGGCACAGCUCCCUGCACGACACACGGCUGGCCUGCGUCGACAAGCUGCUGUCCGUCCAGCGCAACAUAUACGGCAAGUCCAAACUGCGGUGAGACUCGCCCCGGGCCUGCCGGACCUCUCCUCGGACCCUCGCCCUCGCUCCGGACCCUCGGUUGACUGUUCUUUUUUUCUAGAAACAUGUAAACGCAAAUCUCAGACUGUUCCACCUUUUCACUAAAGUGAAAGAAGGGACUUUUUUUUCACCGCACGGCCCCUUGGACUGCUUUCCGUUUCCUUUCCUUUUCCCCCGGCGAGGGGCAGCAGGUAGCGGGAGAGGCCUGGAGUAAAACGCCUGAUUUGAUUUCUACCUUGCUUUUUUUAGGACACUGGUUACCAGAGUAGCCAAAGCGCACUUAACAAGCACACUGGACGAAGCAGUGCAGGGAGUGGACCUGAUUAGUGCGGACUUAAUCAUCAUUCCCAUUUGAAUCAAUCAAACGUAUGCAGCCAGUCUCAACACACUUUUAUCUCUGGUUAUCUGCUGGUAAAUUAACUUAAUUAGUUAAAUCAUUUUUUACUCUUGUGUGUAGUAACUCAUUAAUAAUACACAUAUAAUAACUGUGUAAUUGAUAGAACUGCUGGUUAUUCAUUGUUUCGGAUGGAUUACUGUAGGCCAGCAAACUUUAGACUGAUGGUAGAACAUCCAAAUAUCUGUACAUCUACAGCUUAAUUUUGAUAAAUAGUUUCUACACAAUAGGGCAGAAAUACGCACAUAACUUUGGUGCACACCAUUUGAAAAUGAGUGAAAUACACCUGCAAUUAAGGAAUGCAUAUAUAUUUUUCUGCACUAAUUCCGGUAUAGAUUACUUUUGCUCAAACUGUGUAAACUGUGGUUUGCAGCAUGUCUUAGAUCAAACUGUGACGUCAGGCGCUUCAGAUGCAUGGCUAAAAGAGUGCUAAUUAGUGCAAGUUAAGUAACAGAACAGGACCCUAAACAUUUUGUGAAUCAGGGCAAUCUGAAAGUUUUGGCAACAUAGUAAAACAACACUUUAAAUGAAAGAAAAACGUCAAAAUUAUCUCAAGCCAAAAAAUCUCCAUUAUCUAGAGCAGUGAAAUGUGAAAAAAAGUGCAAAAAGUUCAAUAGUGCAAUUACUGUAUAACAUUUUUGCAGAGUGAACAUAUCCUUGACAUGUAAACGUGUAAAGAGUAAGGUUAUUAUGGCAAUAUUAUGCCAAAAAUCUACUCAACUAAAUAACAAAAACAUGACAUAGUUUGGUCAAUUUGAAACUUUGAAAGUAUCCUCAGGUGCAGUCUCAAAAAAAGACCAUCAAAAACACUACAGUGAUGGAACUGGCACUCAUCAGGUCCGCCCUAGGAAAAGGAAGACCAAAAGUUUCAUCAGAUUUAUCAGCCUAAAACGGCAAGUUAACAGCAGCUCCCCAGAUAAGAGCACCUAAAAGCUUCUUCACAGAGUAUUUUGGUUUGUUUAACAUGUUUAAGUUACUGCAUGAUUCCUUAUGUGGUCCUUUAUAGUCUGGUUGACAGUAUUCUGUUCUUCUGUAAUCCAUCUCUAACAACGAAUACAACAAAUGCAUUACCAGCAGUUCCAAUGUUAAUACUUGCAUUAUUAAUGAUUAAUUACACAGUUAUUACACAGAUAGAGCAGCAAACAUGGUUUCUAUUCGAUUCUACUGGGAAUGAUGAGCAGAUUCUAAUCAGGUGCGUUCAGAGCACGGCUUCGUUCAGUGCAGGUGGACUCUAUAGGACUGAAUGUAAGGUUCCCACUUCACGGUGAUGCAACUCUCAAACACCUGGUGGAUCAAGAACCUAAAAAUCGACUUUUCAAACAAACAUAUCUUUAGGGAAACCCCAGCAGGGCGGGAAGGAGCGGCACCGGCACUGCAGAGACCUCCAUCCCCUCAAAUGCAACGCAGAGGCCUGCUGAAUUACUCUGUUCAACAUUUAACAGGACUUUUUGAUGUCUGUACUUUUCAUCUAGUCUUUUCAUCUGAUCAUUUUCCUACAUUAAAAUGGGGGGACUUUGUGUUUUCAUAUUCACGUAUUAGGGCUCGACCGAUAUAGACAUGCUAAUUUUAAUAGUUAAAAAUGUAAUAUAGGCUCAAAUUAAUUCAGUUCAUUAUAUCCAGCUAAAUUUUUCAAUCAAUUGUAGGCCAAUCAAUGCAGACUCUACACUGUAACCAGUUCAAAUUAUGAGUUUCUUUGAUUUUACCAAAUUGAAAACCUCUGGAAUAUAAUUAAGAGAAAUAUGGAUGAUCACAAGCCGUCAAACCAAGCUGAAGUGAUUUUUAGAUUUCUGCACCAGGAGUGCAGGCAAAAAGUUAUCCAAAAGCAGCGUGUAAGACUGGUGGAGGAGAACAUGAUGCCAAGAUGCAUGUUUAAAACUGUGAUUAAAAACCAGGGUUAUUCCACCAAAUAUUGAUUUCUGAACUCUUAAAACUCUUAAACUUUAUAAAUAUGAACUUGUUUUCUUUGCAUUGUUUGAGGUCUGAAAACUAUAUAUAUAUAUAUAUAUAUAUAUAUAUAUAUAUA